CGUUCUCUCAGUCGGUGUCUUGAUGCGCUUGUAAUCAGAUGCUGUGCUGUGUCCCGAAGAGACUCGCGGACGGAGGCCCGUUCUACGACGAGGCCCUGUUCCACGACGGGAUCUUGUUUCAUAACGAGACCGAUAAUAGUCCACUAUCGUCCAUUCGUGAGAUUCAAAUCGAGCUGUUUCCCGAAGAUGCGCCGAUCUUGUUUCCGUGCGCGAUUUGCGCGCGGACCUUCACGUCGCAGUCUUUGGAGAAGCACGCGAGGAUAUGUGAGCGCUCCGCCAUCAAAAAGCGCAAGCCCUUCGACUCGGCUAAGCAGAGAAUCCGAGGUACCGAAUUGGCUGAAUUCCAGCCUAAGCAGGAGAUCCGGCGACAUCAGCAGGACGAGAGGUCCAGAUCCACCUGGAAGAAGACCCACGACGACUUCCUGCGGACGAUUCGUGAGGCACGCGGCGAUGUUAUGGAUUCGCACAAACAAUGCAAUUCGCUGAUCUCGUCGGGUGCACCAACACGCGCCAACGAAAAGGGCACAUGCCCCACGUGUAACCGACAGUUCGGUAUUAAAGCCUAUGAUCGUCAUGUGGCUUGGUGCAAAGACAGAGUUAUCCGAAUGCCGGUGAGUCCGGCGACCAAUCUGGCAAAGGAACGAUUAGAGGCACGUAUGAGGUACAGGGCACCGCCUUUGAAAAACCGUCGAGCUAUCAAUCGUGAAAAGUACAGCCCGGGCUCGGCAGCAAACCAGGCUGCCAAGGCUUCAUUGUCAUCACCGGCGCUCGUCAAACCAAAGGAGACUAUCUCGAGUGUCAGUUGCAAUCGAGAGAGUCCCGUCAAGCAGAAACCUGCUAUUAUGAGGCGUCCUGGACAACUCAAGGAUUCCCCUCCCUCAUCCGGACCUAUAAAGUCACGCCUUGCCGAUCGUAUGAAUAGGCCACCGGAAGAUCGUGACUCUCUACUGACAUCAACGUCAUGCCGACCUCUCCAGCUUGCGAUAUCUUCCCAUCAUUCACUCCACUUACCUAUACCUCCUACGAGAUCUAAGAUUAACGAUUUGGUUUCCUCUAAUGAAAUCACAUCGCCAAAUACUUCAUCCAGAAAACGGUUUAACCAAAACGAAACAAUCUCCCAACGUAUUCCAAAUGAUGAUACGAGAAAUCGAGAAACCUGUUCUGCCAGAAUGCAAAAUAUUGUUUCCACUAGAAGUCAAGGUCAUCCGAAAAUCAACAAUGUUGCCGUGAACGAUAAGACUCUAGGAAUUACUGUACAACCUUGUAAGAUACGUAUGAACAUGCAAAAAGACGAUCAGUUAGUGACGUGGAAGCAGAUUAGUCGUAAGAAAAAUAAUUUUCAGUCUGGCGAUCCAAUUAUUAAUCAUAAUUUCUUGCUCGAUCUCGAUCAGUUACGUAGUCAAGAGGAAAAAAAUGAAAAUAGAGAUAAGACAGAAGGAGAUUUAUCAAUUAGAGAAAAUAAUUUUAUUCAAAUCCAUAAAGACUGCAAGGUUGAUAAAGUGAAGAACGAUGACAUUACAUGGCUCAGCGGUAUCCAGAAUCUGAAUCAGACAUAUUUGAUAAAAGACUCGGAGGAUAUUGAACCGUCGGAGAUUUUUCAUAGCAAGUGGAAGCCGAUUAAGCACAGUCCUCGCGUGGAAUUUUAUUUAAAAGAUAAAGAAGAUGAAAUCUGCGAAUUUGAUAAAAAAGAAUCGGAAAAAGAAACCCUAGCGAACAACUUGAAACACAGGAAAGACGAAGUCUGCAAAUUUGAUCAAAAGAAAUCGAAAAGGGAAACUAUUGCGAAUGACUUAGAAGAUAAGGAAGACGAAAUCUGCGAAUUCGAUCAAAAGAAAUCGGAAAGAGAAAUUGUAGCGGACAUUUUGAAAGAUAGGGAAGAGGAAAUCUGCGAAUUCGAUCAAAAGAAAUCGGAAAGAGAAAUUGUAGCGGACAUUUUGAAAGAUAGGGAAGAUGAAAUCUGCGAAUUUGAUAAAAAAGAAUCGGAAAGGAAAACCGUAGCGAACAACUUAAAACACAAGGAAAACGAAGCCUGCAGAUUUGAUCAAAAGAAAUUGAAAAGGGAAACUAUUGCAAAUGAUUUGAAAGAUAGGGAAGACGAAAUCUGCGAUCAAAGGAAAUUGGAAAGGGAAAUCGUAGCGGAUAAUUUGGAUAGGCAAGAUGAAAUUUGCAAAUUUGAUCAAAAGAAAUCGAGAAGAAAAAUUGUAGCAAACGACGAAAAAAUUAGGAUUGAACAAGUGAAAGAGUUAAAAAUGUGCAUUAAAGAUAAAGAAGAUGAUGAGAUUGCAGUAGAUUGUAAAGUAGAGGAAUUGAAAACAAAUAAUAAAAGUAUUAAAAAUAUUCGGAAAAUCAGUAGUGAAAAAAUUGAAGUGGUAGUACAUACAAUAGAGGAACUUAAUAUAAAUAGUAUAGAGGAAAAUAAGCGAAUAGGAAACUAUGAAGAGACUGAAGUUAGAGAAAAUAAUGUUAAGAAGAUAGAAAUAAAUACCAGUAUAAAAGAAGGUAUAAAAGAAACUGAAAAAAUAAAUGGCGCAGACAUUGCAGAAUUGAAUAAACUAAAUGUUUAUAAACAAAAUAAAAAGGAUCGACAAAUAACGAUGAAUGAAACAAUUACUGAAAGUAUAAAAUAUACCAACGAAAUUGAACAAAAUUUAUCCGAAUCUGAUCAACUAAUUAAAUCUUCUUUAUUUGAUGUAGUACAUUCAACUGCGUCAAAUGUAUUAAAGGAAAAGAAUUUUAUUGAUCAGAGUCAAGAUUGUUUGAACUCUAAGGAUGAAGUACAACAAUGUGAAAGUAAUGCACGUUGCAAUAAUUCAGUUGAAUUAAAAAAAAGUAUAGCAACUUUUAUAUGUGAUCAACUUAAUGAGGUAACAUCUUUAAAUGAUAGCAAUAAUCAAACUGAUUGUAAUUCGAGUUCCGAAAACGAAACGUUAGCGCGUCAAAGCCACAGUUGUGGCAAUACAUUGGAUCUAACAGAAAAUAUCAAAGAAAUAUCACUUUCUACUUCUUCUCCGAUUCUUACCCCAGAAAAAAAUUGUACAAGAAAUGUUGAAGAAAUUAAAAUAGAUGAAGAAAGAUAUGAUGAAAAUGGUUUAACCAAUAUCUGUAAUAAAAAACCUAAGAACAAUUCAAAGAAAUUAAAGCGUGAAGUAUAUGCUCUUCCACAAAAUUCGGAAAUUGCUGCUGAUAAUUACUUAAAUGCAUCUAUAAAUAAUACAUCUUUGUAUGUCAAAAACAACAAACAAUUUCAAAAAAAAGAUUUCAGUUCUGAUAGCAUUGGAAAUAUCGAGAAUAUCACAAAAAAUGGAAAACCAGAUUUCAACACAGAUUCAGACAACAGUUGUUCGAACGAUAAAUCAAGCCUUCAUGGCCGUUUAAUCAUUAAAGCGGAAAUUACGACAGGUGAAGGUUUGCGCAAGAAGAAUGUAGACAGCGAAUUCGAUUACGGUAGCGAUAACACUGUGCUUGUCGAGGAAUACAAUAGACGAGGCGCUGAUGGUUUAGGGUCAUCAGUCACGUUGAUGGACUACGCGGAGGAACAGUCACGGCGUCGUGGUAGCGAAAUUUUUUUGAACGCGGGCGUGAAUUUUCCAAAACGUGCUUACGGCGCUAAAAGAGCUUCGCGAGAGCAACCAGUCAAUUCCAUCGAAAUGAAGCACAGAAUCAGGGAAAAAAUGAAUCUUCUUCGUGGUAGCACUGAUUCCCUGAUAUCCUCAGUCGAAUUCGUGGAGCUCGCAAGCAUCAGACGACCCAAAGCGAAUUGCAUUUACGAACAAGAGACCAUUGAGGUAAUCAGACCGAACAGGCGGCACAAAGUAUUUAAGGAUUUACCUGAUAUAAAGGAUGACGCGGCGGAGACGAAGGAAGAUUCUGAGGGAUCGUACUGGGAGAAAACUUCUAAGAUCUCGCGGAGCAGAUUAACUAGUCUCCAUCCUACGUAUCAUACGGAAUACAAGCUUACUAAAAGAAAUCCUAGAGUCCGUAUUCUCCCUCCUGUUCUGAAUCCAUUUUUAAUCAACGGAAGGAAAAUUGAGUUGGAGACACGUCCCGCUUGGUGCAAUUAUGUACGCAGAAGGCCAGACUUUAAUCUCGUGCUUAAGGCUAGAACCGGCACUUGCAAGGACUACGAUCCCUUUCUGCUGGCCGAGCAGCAGAUGAAUGACCUACUGUCGGACACGAGUGAUCAGUCUAUGACGGGGAAUCCCAAAGUCCAACAAACUCGUGAUACCCUUUAUCCUCUCUCGCACUCCUCCGCCUUUGUAAAAUAUCCUCCUACCGAUAAGAGGUCGUCCCUUAUAGCGCCACCUACUGAAUUCGAUGACCUUUUAUCCAAUUUUUCAAGUGACUCCACCGAAACCAAUUCUAUUUCGCGCGAGGUCUUCCUGAAGCCCAAUGUCACGGGCAAAGAUGCGACAGAUUCCGCGACCUCAAAACCUGUUAGGGAAUUGGGCAGACGAGUUAUUAUCGAUAAAUCGAAGGCACUGGGCGUCGACGAGCGUCGCGGCGUCGUCAGCGCGGAUAGACCGCGUAAAAUCUUUGAUAAAGACACGCUGAGGAAUACAGGAUCAUUAAUCAACCGGUCCAACUCAAUCCGAGCCUCGUCCGCGCCCAGAAUCAACUCGGGCUCCAACAGAAAGACCUUAGGCGAUAUAAGAAAGAAUUCCAGGAACGUUGAGAGUCAGAGAUCAUCUGAUCAGAGUCUCAAUCAAAGAAACAAUAAUUACUCGUCCCUGUCCGGCAGUAACCUCAGUCUCAAUUCGAUCGUCUCUUCCUCGGAGCUAGAUGUCAAGCGAUCGAACUCGAUGUUUGACGAGCUGAUGACAUCCUUCGAGGAGGAUGCGUUUCCCGGAUUAAGAUCCUUCCUCAAUAAUGAAUCCUUCGACCUGUCCAGCCCCGGCGGCGACAGACAACGAAAUGGCAGCCUGAUCAGCGACGAGGAACUAUCCUCUCCCGACAGCUACAAGCCGCAAGAUCACAGCAAGCUUAGCAAUGACUCCGCCUAUAGCAGUUUAAAUCGCAAAUAUUCGCAUCAUGGACGCAGCGCCAACGACGUGAUCGACCGUCUCGACGAGGACGUGCCCAGGAACGGGACAUCACCGACUCAAACGUUGAUCAAGUGCAAGAUGUCCAAGUUCUGUCACGAGUGUGGUCAGCGAUUUCCAGAAACCGCCAAAUUUUGCUGCGAGUGUGGCGUUAAAAGGCUUGCGUUGUGAAACAUAAUAUUGUUUUGCGAGGGUCGUUGCUAUCACAUUGUAUUUUGAUAUUCUAAAAAACGAACUAAAGAAAAAAUAUGACCAGAAAAAUAUUCUCUGGAUGAAAAUGUACAUUCUAAUUCUCUGGAUGAAAGUGUACAUUCUAAUUUUUUUUAUUUCAAAAAAGAUUUUCUCGAGAUCGAGAAUAUAUUUUCCGAAGAGAAGGUAUACUAUAAUUUGGAAUUUCAAAAAUAUUUUGCAAGAUCGAGUCCAUUUUAAAAAUAUUCUCUGAUAUAGCGAUGGAUUAUACUGCCUUAUCGCAAUAAUAUAUAGAGCACUACACAAUUUAAACGGCUUUUAUAAAUUUUAGAAUUUCGAGAGUAACUUUUACGAAACAGCAUUUUUAUAUCUCACCGAAGAAGAAUUUUUUUUAAUUUACUUUAGCUCGCUUUGUAAACAAUGCGUUGAUUUGUUCGCUAUGUUGAGUAGUCUAGUGAUAUGUUUCAUAAACGUUUUUGUCACAAACACAUGAUAUAUAUACAUACAUAUACCAAGAGUCGCCGAGCGAUCGCCAAGUCUAUAUCUUUUCUACAAAUUCUCGAGUGCGACUUUUUGAUACAAGCUUUUUAUACAAGUGGAAAGAAUUGUGCAAGUAUAUUUCCUGUUAAAAAUAGGAGAAUCGAUAUUAAUAUAUCUCGUAAAAGUGUGAAUAUGAUUUUUUAAAUUAUUAUAUAUUUAGUUUAAUCCAUUUUAGCUCUAGUAA